AUGCCAGGUGGAACACUUUGCCAGGUGCAGAAUAUAGCAACACACACAACGCGGAAAACAGGAGAGUUGAAAGUUUCGAAAACAGCGACGAUUAAUGCCAAGGAUGGAAAUGAACAUGGUGAGACAAAAAUUUGGAACCAGAAUGUGGGGAGGGAUUUAAUAAAUAAUGAAGAGAAGUUGAAUGAAACGAAAAUUCUAAAGGCGGAACUUGUACGUGUAACAUCGACUAUUGUUGAGGCUGCAGUACAGACCGAUGUAACAGUUAGCAAUAAGCUGCCGAAGCUAACAGCUGAAGAUCUGAAAUCAUCAGAAAUUAGUGCGAGUUACUGGCGGCGAUUGGCAGAGCGGCUGUAUGCGGAAAUUGAACGGAAAGCAAAAAUAAAUUUUGAGUUAUCGAUUCGUCUGGCUAAACUGAAUGAAGAAAUUAUAGAGGAAGAGAACGAUUAUCUGGCACUUAAACAUUAUAUUUCUGGUGAAGAAGAUACCGAACACCAUAGCGAAUCUAAAUUCAACAAAAAUCAGGAGACUAAAAGAGAAGACGACGAUAAAAGUGGUAACCAUCUUCCAGAAAACUACAUUCCUUUAUGA